CCCACAUUACGUACACGGCGACGAAGAGAAUGGCGCACGUGAGCACAACAACAAUGUCGUCCCUGGCGGACAAUGUAGCUCUAACGGACCCCACGACCAGCGAUCAAUUUGACGCAGAAGAUCUAAUAGAGCCGGGGAUCCUGACUGACAGCGAGUUGACACCAUCCCAGGGCACCAACGACAUUCUCAGCUCACCCGAAGAAUAUGCCACGUACAAUAAUCAGUCUUACUUUACAGCUGCAACUGAUGAACUGCGGAAUGAUAACUCCACCAGCUCAGCACCGUCCGAAGAGGAAAGUAGCGAAUCUCAGCAUGCAGUCGUCCGCUUUCUGGUGAGCCACAAGCUGCCAUUAAUUAUCGGUGGAUCUUCAGUGGGUGCUGCUUUGCUGCUUAUUGUCGGGCUCGUUCUAGUCAUUCGCCGCAGGAGGAGAAAAAAGAAGCUCGACUUCCUGAACAAGUCUUUCAGCACACCUGCAACCGAUGCAGAGGCCGAGAAUCGGUUAGGCAGGGACCAUCAGACCGCAGCGAAUAACGCAAAGGGCAGCAUGAUGAGUAUCUACGAAUCUGGGAUUGAGCUGCAAUCAGCCGAAGGAACAGUCGUCGACUUUCCGGUGGUUCCAGAUGAAAAUCCAUACAUGUGUUUACGCUUCGAGACCACCAGUUUUUCGUGCAAAGACCCGCUGGCUGUACCAAGUGAAGAUGACUACAACCACCUGGCUGGCCUGGGCCUUGUUAUUGCAAGACCUGGCUUGAAGGAUGUUAAAGAUACCCAGUGUUCGAUGUCAUCAGAGUGCUAACAGAUGUGUGAUGCUGCUUACCUCAAGGAACGGGCAUGAAACAUACGGACACUUCUAUCUGAAAUUGGAUGAAAUGAUACAUUUAUGUUCAUAUAAAUUGGUUGUGUUUGCUUCGGUUGAUCAUACGUACGCCACGUGAACCCUCGCCAAUGAAUGUACGUCACCUUUGCACUUUGAUGCGAUACAAUUUUCCUUCCAGGUUCAUUUUUUCUCUUUGUAUUCUUCUGAAUUUGCAUCAGUCUCAAUAAUGGCAUAACACAGAAUCUCCUUUCCUUUACCUAAGUUAUCGUCCACUAACAAUUUUAGAAUACCAACCUCAGUCUUCACAUUUUUCUAUGGCCAAUUCGCCUGCUUUGGUUUCACAAUAGUUGUCAAUCCAUUUGUAACGAACAGCUUUCGUGGCGAGUAGAAGCAAAUUUACAGCACCAUCCUUCUACCCUGAUCUGCUCUUUUUAUUGCCAUUAGUUGUAUUGAAGUAAGUUCUUUAAAUCAUGUGCGUUCCUAAGGGAGGUACCUGAUAGUUUUGUAGAUCGUACGUUUUUCGCGUCUAUGUAACAGCAAAACUUUGUCCAGUAGCAUUGGAAGUAUUUUUUAUAUUUUUUUGUUGCACUCGAAUCUAUACUGGGGAUAUCCGUGCAGGCCAUUUUCAAUAUGUAUGAAUUGCUUACUGUGAGUGGCGUUUUACAUCAGACUUUUCCUGUCCCACGUCAUCAACCUACUGUCAUUCUAUACUUUCAAAACCUGUAAUACCUUGUAAGGAUAGCUUCAGCUUUCGUUCCAUUUCAAAUGUGUUCUUGGCCUGUAUGGCACGUGUUAUUACGUUUCAUUUGUUAUUUAUCUACCGGAGUACCUCGUAUACUCACUCCUUUC